UUUGUAUUGAAAAUCACCUUUAACACAGUAUGUUUAAGCAACUACCCGUGAAAUAAAUAUUAAAAAGCAUUGCUCUUAUUUCGAUGACAGGAAGUUUGAUUUGUACAAUUUCUGUCAGACUUUGCGUUUCUUACAGGUACCUACUCCAACUUAGGCCAUUCUCGGUUACGUUUACACCUGAAUUAGUGCGUAAGGGGAUAGCCCUCUCCCAGGCCCCGUUUUCCGCGUUUUUUAAUUAUUUAUUUCCGUGUAAACUGCAGCCUUGAUAUAAAAACAUUGAUGGUCGAUAAUUUAGCCCUGCGCUGAGGGCCCCGGGGAGAACCGCGAAGGAUUAUAAAGUCUUAAAAACAUCCGUAUUUAUCAGCGACAUGGCUCGUCCACGGCCGCGGGAAUACAAGGCAGGAGAUCUGGUUUUCGCUAAGAUGAAGGGAUACCCGCACUGGCCGGCGAGGAUUGAUGAGCUUCCAGAAGGAGCUGUCAAACCGCCCGCCAACAAGUACCCUAUCUUCUUCUUUGGGACCCAUGAAACUGCAUUCUUGGGCCCGAAGGAUCUUCUGCCCUACAAGGAGUACAAAGACAAAUUUGGCAAGUCCAACAAGAGGAAAGGCUUCAACGAGGGCCUGUGGGAGAUUGAGAACAACCCAGGAGUCAAGUUCACAGGCUAUCAGGCCAUCCAGCAACAGAGUUCAUCAGAAACAGAAGAGGGGGGAAACACUGCUGAUGGCAGCAGUGAGGGCGAGGAGGGCGACUCUGUUGACGAGGAAGAUGACAAGGAAAAGUUGAAGGGAGACAAGACGGGAUCCAAACGGAAAAAGACAGCCACCUCCAAGAAAUCCUCCAAGCUGUCGAGGAUCUCAUCUGGAGAGGAUGACCUGGAGAAGGAUGGGAAAGAUGACGACCAGAAGAGCGGCUCAGAGGGAGGGGACCCGGACAACGACUGCCUCCAGAAUACCACUGUCAGUAAGAACCAGCUGCUUCUAGAAGAACAUUAAGUGAAGAAAGCCUGAAAGGGAAAUCAUUCUUUGUAGCUGUGGUAUUGGAAAGGUGAAUCUACAACAUUUCUCAUCAGCACCAUCUACUGGCUGCCAUUGUCUCCUCCACUUCUCUGUUGGACUUCCAGUAUGUGUUUGUAUGAAAGAUGCACCCAUACGGACACUGGCAUCGGCAUCAUGUGGAUGCCAGGGUAUAACUGGGCAUUACGUCACACGUUUUUUAGCACUUAAACCUAAUGCCAAGGGCCAGGUCAGAACUCCAAGGUAAGCAUUUGUCAUCCUGAACUCCCUCUAAUCUCUAAAAUAGAUUAAGAUUUUAAUCACUUUUAUCCACUGACUCUAAAUGAUUAAUUUAUGCUUAACUACAGUGGCCCACAGGUCACAUAAUAACAUGAAAGGCCCUCUCUACAGCCAGUUUGCUUUGUCCUUUUGGGCUACUGUAGAAACAUGGCAGUGCAACAUGGUUUGAUUCUUAGUUUUAAGUGAUUAUACACCAAUGGAUACAUGAUUGUAAUGAGUAUAAUUCAUUUCUGCCAAAAGAUCCCCCGAAAUCCUUCACACUGCUCCUUUAACUACUUGCCUUUGUCAAGUUCUAUUUAGGGCUGCACGAUUAUGGCCAAAAUGAUAAUCACGAUUAUUUUGAUCAAUACUGUAAUCAAAAUUAUUAAUCAUGAUUAUUCAUUAUGUUAGGGAAUACAUCUGUAUAUUUAUUGCACUACUUUUAAACAAACAACAGGAACAGUUUUUAGCGUGUGCACAGGGUGUCAGGUGCUUGUUGUAAACAAACAGUUUAAGGCUAAGUGAACAGCAGCAGCACAUACACACUGUACUGCUACACAGCUAACUGUAAGCCUAUUAGCACUUUGCAGACUGAACACUAAGGGGUUAAUAUCCCCUCCGGCUCUGCAGCUGGGAGAGACUGCUGCAGGAGGUCUGUGCCGUUUUGACUCGCGGCCGUGGGGAAGGGAGGCUCGUUAAGAAGAGUGAGAACGAGUUUCCAAAAGUCUCCAAUAACACCAGAAUAAGCCGCUGGAUUUGUCGCCAGUAGCUUUUUUUGAAAAAUAGUCGCUAAGGGGGUCGCUAAAUAUAGCAAAAAAGUCGCUAAGUUGGCAACACUGCUUUGCCGGCUUUUACAAUUGGCGCGUGUUGUUGUGGCGUCGAGUACUACGUCACAUCCUGCUUAACGUUCUAUCCAAUCAGCAACCAGGCUUUUUUCAGGGGAGAAAAACGGCCCCGCCCCCUGGUGGUUGGUGGACUACUGGUGUAGAAAGUGCUUGAUUAGAUAUGAAGGACAGCCGUAUUUUAAAAUGGAAAUAUCGCCAACGAUCAGGUUAAUUUAAUCGUGGCAGCCAAAAUUGUGAACACAAUUAAAAUCUGAUUAAUUGUGCAGCCCUAGUUCUAUUGGAUACAAUUAGGCAUUGUUAUAUAUCUAGCUACUAGGCUCAGAUUAUAAUAGCCCAAUCCCCCUUGUAUAACCUGUUAAGUGAGAUUUAUUUGUUAAACUGUUGCCAGGAUGUGUGGGUGCCACCUUUAAUAACUGCAGGAAUAGAAUUGAAUCUGUUUCUUCAUUGUAAAACAUAAGAGUGAAAUAUCCAUCUUUUAAAAGCUUUACCUAUUUUGGUUGUAUGUGUUAGAACACUUAUUUCCGGAUAUAUUGGAGCACAUAAUUACACAUCCAAAACAGUAAUUUAAAGCCUAAAUUACUAUAA